AUAGGAACACUUUCCUAAAAAUUUCUUAAAAUUCAUAUUUUUUUGGAAGUCUUCGUGGAAUAUAACAUUUUGGUGUGGUUGCAAGGAAAGGCAAAGCUAAAGUCACCUCCGAUGGUUCGAGCUUACGUGGUUCUCAAGGAAGACACUCCGCCUCUUCCCUCCCUACUAUACCUGAUCAAUUACGCUUUGACGGAUCAAGAAUUCAAGCAGUAUUUGGGAGAUAGGACCGACACCAAUCUUCCAACUCUUGAAGAUAUAUUCGAGGACAUUGAUGAAGCAGAAAUGGACGUGGAGCCUACACCGCAUAGCAACAAUCCCACCGACGCCGACGAGGAGGCAGGUAAGCCCGAGACCUCUCAAGGUCCGGGGAAAGCAAUUCCUGGUAACCUAACCCUUCCGCUGUCACCGGUCACAGGAUCGGCCAUCGUCUCCGUUUCUAGACGCCUGUCUCUGUCCAAGUCGCCGGCGAAGCAGAUUCGUCCUUCCAAUUGUUCGCCCGUCCCUUUUCUGGUAGCCUACGGAGAAGAUUUUUCAGAAUCACCCGGUGAAGUCGCCGCCCAGAUUCAUUGUUCAGCCAUCUCUGUUCGCCAGUCCCUUUUUCCGGUCGUCUGCGAAGAAGGCUUGUCAGAUUCACCAGUUGAAGUCGCCGCCCAGAUUCACCAGUUCCGGUCAGAUUCACACAUCCUUGUUCGCCUGUUCACCCAGAUUAGGCACGCCGUCUAUCCCUCUCUAUUUCCGAUCGUUUGUGAAGAAGUUUGAGUCGGCAGUUUGUCUGACUCUGUUUGUCCAGAUUUCUUUAUUGGCCACUUUGCCAUUUGUCCGAUAGUUUGAAUUGGUUUGGUGUAAAAACAUCACCAGAAAAUUAACACGAUGAAAACUACCUCGUGUGAUUGGUUGAUUGAUAGCGGUGCUUCUCAUCAUAUGACGGGACCGUUCGUCGAAGAUGGUGAUUGGACUGGGUGAAAAGCGAAACGGAGUAUACAUCCUGGUUUCUUCCUCUGCGUCGGCUAAUGUGGCUAACGUGGCUAACGUGGAUCCUUUGUUUCUUCAUCAAUGUUUGGGUCAUGCUUCCUCAAAUAUUAUUUCCCUUUUAAAGUCCAAUAAGUCUGGUUCUGUUAUCAAGAAACUUCAAGCUUGUGA